AUGACGAAUCGCCUACCAAAAGGCGCAGGAGUCGACGCAAGGGUCCACUACCUUCUUGAAAAUAGCGAAGACCGACUUGGGUUCAGCAAGUACGACCACCUCUGGGCGGGCAACGGGCGGGCGAAACCUUUCGGUAAACCCAGCUUUCGCAGCACGGAUAAUGUAGUUUCUGGAGGAUAUCAAGAUACGCUUUUGGUUGAAAUCUCGAAUCCGGGCCCGCUCGCAGCGCUCCCAUCUCGCGAGAGCGAGGCGCUUGAGGUCCUCGAUGUCGCCAUCGGUAUCGGCACUCCACCCGACAUACUGAGCGGCGGCGAUCUGGUUGCUAUGAUCUUUGACGUCGAAUGA